UGCUCUGAUCCCAGGUAUGAAGAUAGGCUGAAGGGACUGGAUCUGCCUAAACCACUGCUGGACAUUGCUGGAAUGUCUGUGAACCACGCAGACAUGCCUUUCCUAUCUGUGUCGGAAAAAUAAUCAGUGUUUAUAAGCUGCUCCUCUUUACUGAAGCGUCUGUCUCAGGCUAUUUUAGUCGUGCAGUCUCCCCCCCACACACACACACACAGACUGACCCGCUCGCUCACAGAGCUCUCUUUGGAGUUCACUGUGCAGUCAGUGGCUGUGUCUUCUCAAGUCCUGAAGCUCUUUCAGUGCUGCACCCCAUCCUCUUCCUCCUGAGCUGAGAUAUGGAAGCCCGCACCGUCCCCCACGCGUACCCCAUGAGUGUGGAGUACGAGCUGGCUUCACCCAGCCGUAUCUAUGAUCAGAACUUCGGAGAAGGUCUGACUCCACAGGAUAUUUUGGCUCCUACCCUGUACCACGGCUACUACAUCCGACCCCGGAUCAAUAAGCAGCUGGAGCGCGGCUUCUCGGAGGUGGACAUCAGGGACGACAGGUUCCAAGUGCUGCUGGACGUGUGCCACUUCACCCCGGACGAGCUGUCGGUGCGCACCGUGGACAACCUGCUGGAGGUGAGCGGCAGACACGCUCAGCAAGUGGACAAGCACGGCUUCGUGAGCCGCGAGUUCACUCGCACGUACAUCCUGCCCAUGGGCGUGGACCCGCUGCUAGUGCAGGUGACGCUCACCCACGACGGGAUCCUCAGCGUGCAAGCGCCUCGCAAGGGCCCGGAGCCCAGAGCCACCGUCCACGCCAUCGAGAUCCACGUGGAGCCGGAGGAAAGGAAGGCAUGAGUGAAAAAAAGAGAAAACACUUGCAUGUGCAGAGUCUCUGCACAGCAUCCCUGUGUGAUGGGUUAUUAACUUGAAACAGCAGUUGCAUGUGCAGAGUCUCUGCACAGCAUCCCUGUGUGAUGGGUUAUUAACUUGAAACAGCAGUUGCAUGUGCAGAGUCUCUGCACAGCAUCCCUGUGUGAUGGGUUAUUAACUUGAAACAGCAGUUACAUGUGCAGAGUCUCUGCACAGCAUCCCUGUGUGAUGGGUUUUAUUUUUACUGUCUGGAGUAUUAUUUUUUUCCCCAUUAUGUUAUUUACAAGUACAUUUUAGUAAACCCUUUGAUAUAUUUUCUAAAAACCCUCAAAAAAAUGUGAGCAAAAAAAUAAAUAAAACUGUGCCCCAGA